AUGGUAUUAGUUCCAACUCAAUUCGAUGGAACAGGAUAUAGAUCCUGGAGAAGGGGAGUUAUGCGAGCUUUGCCAAUGAAGAACAAGCUUGGAUUCAUUGAUGGUAGUUGUGUUAAACCAGCUGCAAACUCAAACCAGUUGCAUCAAUGGCAGAGAUGCGAUGACAUGGUGACUUCCUGGAUUUUAAACUCUCUCACUAAGGAAGUUGCAGAUAGUGUAGAGUAUGUUAGUGAUUCAGUGGAACUUUGGAAGGAACUUGAAGAUAGAUAUGACCAAACAAAUGGAGCAAAGCUAUAUCAAAUUCAAAAGGAGAUUAAUGAUCUCACACAGGGAAAUUUGGAUAUAACAGUCUACUACACCAGGAUGAAAAAGCUUUGGGAAGAAUUGAGCACUUUGAAUGUAAAGAAUCAGUGCUCUUGUGCUUGUAAUUGUGGAGCCAAGGAUGGAUUAUACAAAGCAGAACAAGAAAGACGUUUGAUACAAUUCUUAAUGGGGAUGAAUGAGGUGUAUACUGUGAUAAGAGGCAACAUUCUUAUGAUGAAUCCUCUUCCAACAAUGGCACAAGCCUUUUCCUUAAUGAUUCAAGAGGAGAAGCAAAGGGAGUUCAAACCCGCUAAUCAAACUCCUAUGGAAUCGAUUUCCUUGAAUGUGAACUCUUCUAAUAACAAUGGAAAGGGAUCAACAGGAAGAAACUACAAAACAUCAUUCUCUAAUGAAAAUUACUUUGGCAAUACUUCAAGUAACAACAAUUAUGGAGGAUCCAAUUACUUUCCAGCUAACAGUAGCAAUAGAAGUGUUAUGGUUUGUAGUUAUUGCAAAAAGACAGGACAUAUUAGGGAGAAAUGUUAUAAGUUGAUUGGAUAUCCUAGUCGGACUAAUAGGAACAAUGGAUCUCAUGCAAGGCAGAAUAAUAAUCAUGAAUAUAGAGGAAGGAGAGUUGUAGCUAAUGUUCAUGGAUCCUCUAAUAAUGUGGUAUCUGCACAGGGAGAAGAUUCCAUGCAGAAUAAUCAGAAUCAAAUGGUUACAUUCACUAAAGAUCAAUAUGAUAACAUGAUGAAACUUUUGCAGAAUUGUCGAGUUGAAGGAACUGAUUUAAACAACUCAAACAUGGAAGUUGGUUCUAUGAACUUUGCAGGAGCAUCAAACCACAUAACCUUUAACAAAUCCUCACUUACCAAUAUUCAAACCAUGUCUUACCCUAUGCUUGUCUCUUUACCCAAUGGAUACAAAGUUAAGGUGAUAGAAUUUGGAGAUGUAGUGAUCACAUCUGGAAUUGUUCUACACAAUGCCCCUUCAGUGAAGAGGCCUCAGGUGCUUGGUAGUAGCAGAGAAGGACUCUAUUUUCUUUGUUCAAGGUGUCUGAAGAAUCCUGCUAAUUUCACCACAUGCUGCUGCAUAUCUCACAACAAUCACAACUCUUCUUUGUCUAGCAAUAAUAGUCAAGCCACAAACAAAACUUCACAUGAUAAUAACAAAUGUACUAGUCAUACUGUUUGUUCUUCUACUUCUGAUGCUGUAUCUACUUAA